AUGUCGGCCAUACUGUCGAAGCUCCCCUACGACGUCUCUCCCUCCACGCUGGGGAUCUCUGUCCUCCUGAGCAGUCUUCUUCUGUACGGAAUCAGCAAGAUGUUUGGGUUCAGUGCUCGCAACGAAUUCAUCGUCGAUGGCCGGACGGUUGUCAUCACCGGCGGCUCGGAGGGAAUGGGCAAAGCGGUCGCGUGUCAACUUGCCGCCAAGGGUGCCAACAUUGUAAUCGUUGCACGUACUGUACAAAAGCUCCAGGGUGCCAUUGAAGAUAUCAAGCGCUCGGCUGUGGACCCCAGCAAGCAAAAAUUCCACUUCAUCAGUGCCGACCUGACCAGCGCCCUGGAGUGCGAGCGAGUCAUCCAGGAGGUCACCCAAUGGAACGACGGCCGCGCUCCUGAUGUAGUCUGGUGCUGCGCGGGCUACUGCAACCCGGGUUUCUUCGUCGAGACCCCCAUGCAGACCCUCCGGGACCAGAUGGACACGGUGUACUGGACUGCCGCCAACACCGCCCAUGCCACUUUGGCGAAGUGGCUUGCGCCGGCUCAACCGGAGGGUCAGGCUGCACUUCCUCGUCGUCAUCUUAUCUUCACCGCUUCUACGCUUGCCUUCUUCCCCAUCGCUGGUUACGGACCCUACUCCCCUGCCAAGGCUGCGAUCCGGGCGUUGUCGGAUACGCUUAGCCAGGAAAUCGAAAUGUACAAUGGCAGCCGUCAGUCCAAAACCGCGGGCAGUUCCCCUGCUGCGGAUGUCAAAAUCCACACGGUCUUUCCCAUGGGGAUUCUCACUUCUGGGUUUGAUAAGGAGGAACAACUGAAGCCCCAAUUGACCAAGCAGCUGGAAGAAGCUGAUAAGCCGCAAACCCCGGAAGAGGUCGCCCGCAUUUCGAUUGAAGCCCUGGAGCGGGGCGAGUAUCUCAUUACCACCAUGUUUGUUGGGCAUAUCAUGAAAGCCAGCGCGUUGGGAGGCAGCCCCAGGAACUCGAUCAUUCGCGACACCUUGACCAGUUGGCUCACUAGCUUGGCGUUCCUGCAGGUGAUCCCUGACCUCCGUAAGAAAGCGUGGAACUGGGGUGUUAAGUAUGGCAUUCCGUCGUCUGACGGGAAGUAG